ACAUGUCUGUGAGUAGCCACGAGAACCGAAAAUCCCGGUCGAGUUCGGGAUCAAUGAACAUCCACCUCUUCCACAAGACUUCCCACGCCGACAGCCUGUUAACGCACCUCAACCUGCUCCGCAAAAGGCGAGUCUUUACAGACGUGGUCCUCCGGGCAGGACACAGGGCGUUCCCCUGUCAUCGGGCAGUGCUCGCCUCCUGCAGCCGAUACUUUGAGGCUAUGUUCAGCGGUGGGUUGAAGGAGAGCCGUGACGCCGAGGUGAACUUCCAUGACUCCCUGCAUCCAGAAGUCCUGGAGCUCCUUCUGGACUACGCCUACUCAGCCCGGGUCAUUAUCAACGAGGAGAACGCAGAGUCCUUGCUGGAGGCCAGCGACAUGCUUCAGUUCCACGACAUCCGAGACGCCUCUGCGGAAUUCCUGGAAAAAAACCUUCACCCUUCCAACUGCUUGGGAAUGAUGCUGCUGUCCGACGCCCAUCAGUGCCAACGGCUGUAUGAGCUGUCCUGGAGGAUGUGCCUGGCCAACUUCGCGUUGCUGUAUAAGAUGGAAGACUUCCUCAGGCUUCCCAAGGACAAACUCCAGGAACUCAUCGUCAGCGAGGAGCUGGAGGUGGAGGACGAGAGUUUGGUGUAUGAGGCGGUGAUCGACUGGGUCAGAGCCGACAUGGACGGCCGGCACGGUGACCUCCCUGACCUCCUGCGCUGCGUGCGUUUAGCGCUCCUGCCCGAGACGUACCUGCUGAAGAACGUGGCGUCGGAGGAGCUGGUCAUGGGUCACAAAGUGGGCCGUGAGAUCGUGGAGGACGCCGUGCGAUGCAAGAUGAAGAUCCUACAGAACGACGGGGUCGUGACUGGUUUCUGCGCCCGCCCGCGGAAGAUCAGCCAGGCUCUGCUGCUGCUGGGAGGCCAGACCUUCAUGUGUGACAAAGUUUACAUGAUCGACCACAAGACCAAGGAAAUCACCCUCAAGACUGACCUUCCCAGCCCGAGGAAAGAGUGCAGCGCCUGUGCCAUCGGCUGUAAAGUGUAUGUGACGGGCGGGAGGGGAUCGGAAAAUGGCGCCUCCAAAGACGUUUGGGUCUACGACACCCUGCACGACGAGUGGUCCAAAGCCGCUCCCAUGCUGGUCGCCAGGUUUGGACACGGUUCCGCUGAACUGGAUCACAUCCUGUAUGUGGUGGGCGGACACACCUCUCUCACGGGCUCCUUCCCAGCCUCCCCGUCCGUGUCCCUAAAGCAGGUGGAACAAUACAACCCACAGUCCAACAAAUGGACGCUGGUGGCUCCUCUCAGAGAGGGGGUCAGUAAUGCCGCGGUCGUCGGCGCCAAAAAUAAGCUCUUUGCUUUUGGUGGAACCAGUGUGAACAGGGACAAAUAUCCCAAGGUCCAGUGUUUCGACCCGGACGAGAACAGAUGGACCGUACCAGCUGUGUGCCCUCAGCUGUGGCGAUACACCGCGGCGGCCGUGGUUGGCAACCACGUGGUCGUCAUCGGCGGAGACACCGAGUUCUCCGCCGGUUCUGCGUACCGCUUCAACAGCGAGACGUUCCAGUGGACCAAGUUCGGCGACGUCACGGCCAAGAGGAUCAGCUGCCACGCGGUGGCGUCGGGGAACAGACUCUACGUGGUGGGCGGUUAUUUUGGGGCACAGAGGUGUAAGACGUUAGAGAGUUACGACCCCUCCACGGACUCUUGGGUCAGCGUCACUAGUGUGCCAUACUCUCUCAUCCCCACUGCGUUUGUCAGCACCUGGAAGUACCUGCCAGCAUAGAGAGGAAAAGAACCUUACCUGAUGACCAGUGCUGUGUGGAAUGCAG